UCUCCAUUUUGGCCGCUGGUGGAGACGUCUGGCCAGAGAAGGCGGAAAGCGGAGAGGUUCGAGCUGAUUGAGCUGACCGAUUGCACUCUGCCCCUUCCCCGCUCUCCCCGCAGAGACGCCGCGGACGCUCAUGGCGGGCUUGGAAGUGCUGUACGCCUCGGCGGCGCCGGUCAUCACCUGCGCGCAGGACGCGCUCGUCUGUUUCCUGCACUGGGAGGUGGUGACCCACGGCUACUCCGUCGUGGGUGCCGGCGACCAGCCAAGUCCCAGUGAUAAGAAAUCAGAACUGCUGCCGGCUGGGUGGAACAGCAACAAAGACCUGUACAUCCUUCGGUAUGAGGCCAAGGAUGGGUCCAAAAAGCUCCUCGUGAAAGCUGUCACCGUGGAGAAUAGCAUGAUCAUUAACGUGUUGGAAUGUGGCUCACAGCAAGUGGCAGACUUGACUCUGAACUUGGAUGAUUAUAUCAGUGCAGAAGACCUGGGUGAUUUCCACAGGACCUACAAGAACAGUGAAGAGCUGCGGUCUCGCAUCGCGUCUGGAAUCAUUACACCUAUUCAUGAGCAGUGGAACAAGGCUAACGUAAACACUCCCCCACGGGAGUUCCCCCCUGCCACCGCCAGAGAAGUGGACCCACUCCGGAUUCCUCCGCACCAUCCACACACCAGCCGCCAGCCUCCUUGGUGUGAUCCCCUGGGUCCGUUUGCUGUCGGGGGAGAGGACCUAGACCCCUUUGGGUGUCGAAGAGGUGGCAUGAUUGUGGAUCCCCUAAGAUCUGGCUUCCCAAGAGCACUUAUUGACCCAUCCUCAGGCCUCCCGAACCGGCUUCCGCCAGGCGCUGUACCCCCAGGAGCUCGCUUUGACCCUUUUGGACCCAUUGGAACCAGCCCAUCAGGACCAAACCCCGACCAUCUCCCGCCACCGGGCUACGAUGACAUGUACCUGUGAAGGCCUCAAGAAUGUAACAUCCCAGCCUUCCCUCCACUCUCCUGGAGCUGCCACCACUGGCCCCGUCAGCAGUAGUGUUACCACGGGUUGGAGGCAAGGGACUUUGCCCAUGUGUUUGCAGGCUGGCUGGAGUUGCCUCCCCUGCCCUAAUCAGAGCCAGGGCACCUGCUGCAGCUCUCCACCUGGCUGCAUAUAGGUCCCAAAGAAAAAUCAGUGUCUUUCUCAUUACCAGCUCCUCCCUGUUUCCCAAGGGAGCCUCCGGCAACAUACACCCUCCACCCGAUGCAGUCCCAGUUGCAGCGCUAUAAGAACAGAACGCAUUUUGGAUGUUAUUAUUGAGAACCAAAUGUCAAUACAAAAUUCAAGUUGCCGGUCUCCCACUUUUCCUUUUUGCUUGGAUGCACAGCUCCUUUGGUUGGAGCCUCUAUGGGCUCUGUGGCUCUCUUCCUGCCCAGCACCUGCUCUUGCUCCUCGGGCACCUUGUGCUCAUAAGUUGCUCUCCCUCCUGAUGUGCUGAGAUAGGUCUGGGUCUGCUCCUCGGAUAGAAAUGAGUGACUAGCAAUGCCUUGGCCUCUUAGGAAGGGCAGGCACAUUAUGGAAAGCCUGCCAUAGCCUGAUAAGCAGAAUAAACAGAGCAGACCUAGAGGCUAAUCUCAUUUUUGCCCCUCUGUACUGAGCGACCCUAAGCAAGUUCUGGAUCGUCGACCUCGACCCCACCUUGGUGAAAGCCAAGGACCUAUCCUGUCCUCAAACACUGUGAUGCGUCUGUGGAUGGCAGCCUGGGCACUGGGGCAGACAAGAGCAGACUGGAAGUCAAGGCUCUCUGUGGUACUUCUUACAGAGCUGGUCAUGAUCUUACAGUAAAGAUCAUGGCAGCACAGGCUCUGGCUAAGUGUAAUGGUGAGCUUCAGUGGGAACAGAAAGCCACUGUCCUGUGUCCAGGUCCACCUGAUGUUUGGUGUUCUCCAGAACCCAACAGAUAGGCAGUGAUGAGCCCCUGGUGUGAGGUGGGAAAAACACCCUCAAGCCACUGGCCCAGAGGAACAAACCAGGGCCCUAGUCACCAGCAUCUCGGCUCGGCUCCUCGAUCCACCCCCUGCCUGAAAUCAACAUGCAUGCCUUAGCUGGGGCAGCAAGCUCCCAUAGCUGGGCGAGGAAUCUGCUAGAUUGUUUUCUAUAUUGCUCCUCUGCUUAGCCUGAGGACGGGUAGGAGUAAGCUAAACUGACCCUUUGGGCCAGUGCCUGGAUUGAGCCUGGAUCUGGGUGGCAGGAGGCUGGCAGGUGUAGGCCUCCUGGGAAUUGGCAUUAGUCUCCUUGUCAAGCACCAAAAACCCAGAAAAAGGCUUGCUGGCCACCUUGAACCUUGUAGAACCUUUGUGCUCGGGAGACAGGCACAGAAGCAGUCCUUACUCAUAACUCUUCUCUGAGGACUGGCAUGCGAGUGGAGUGUGAGUUCUGGUUUGGGAUCAGAUGAUAACUGAGCCAAAGGGAUUGAAAGCAGUUUGCUCACAAAGACAUCCUUGACUAUGAAAAAGAGCAUUUAUAAAAGAAAGAUCGGACUGGAGGCCAACCACAGUCAGGGAGGGUAGAGAACUGUCAAAUCUGAUUCAAGGGAAAAAUAAGAUUUAGAAGUAAAUUCACCACUUAGGUAUAUUAGAGCCAAGGUUGAAACUAUAAUGAUAUGUGUACUUCUGUUUUCUAAAAGCAGAAAAUGUAGCGAUUCAAUUUCAGAAUCAGCGGUCUGUUGUUUGGGUCUCCUUGCAUCAAGGACGCUGGGAAGGAAUACAGGCAAGGCUUUAAAUGCUGCAGCAGGAAGUGAGCAGGGUCUAUCAAAACUGCCUAGUCACUGUCUUUGUGCUGGCUUUGAGCUGGGCUGCUUCCCUCCUGGGAUCCUCACCCAGCAGCAGGUGGGACUGUUGCGGGUGUGUGCUUUGUAGAACCCCCAAGUUAGAGCCUUACAAUAAACAUCUGCACUUCA